UAAUCAAUUAAUAAAAAAGUCAAGUAAACCAUUAAUAAGUGUUAGUCCAUUGAAAACUGCUGCACUGGGACGGGUGGCUGAAUUGGGCGAAUUUUAUGAUGCACGUACCGAUAAUUUUAUCGGUAUCAAUUUAUUUACAAAUAAAGUACCCAGCUCACUGGUAUCAUCAACCGAUAAUGCCUAUACCAGUAUGAAAUUUUCAAUGGCCAAUUCGUUGCUGGAUAAAUUCAAUGAACUAGAUAUCGAUGCCGGUCUACAAUUAUCAUAUAUAAGCAAAUCAAUCGAAAUUCAACUAGAUGGUUCUGGUAAAUAUCUGCAACAUAGUAAACAUAAUGCACGUAGCGCCAGGGUAGCCCUAAUUGAAUCGAUAAAUACCCGUUUCGAGUCCCUGAGCCUAACUGAUCAGGGAUUGAAAACACUGAUCAAUUUGGAUGCCUUAUCCCGUUUUGACGUCACGCACAUAUUGGUCGGUAUUCAAUGGGGCGGUAAACUAGUGUUGCAAGUUGAAGAUACCAACCAAUCCAAUGAUGAUCAACUAAUUGUACAGGGUAGUUUAUAUGCCAAUAUUACAAAUACAAUGUUAAAUAUAUCGGGUAAUAUAUCAUCGAUAAGUAUAUCGGGUAAUGCAUCGAUAAACUAUACGGACACUAGUCUAUCGAAUAUAACCCGCUAUUCGUUUGAAUUGUUUGGCGAUAUUCUGCCCGAUAUUGUUCCGCAAAACAUUGUGGACGCCCUAAUAUUUAUGAAAUCUGCACCUGGUCAAUUGAAAUCGGGUAACUUGGGUCGGGGUAAACAAAUCGGGUAUGUAUUGACGCCGGUAAAUGUUUUACGAAAACUACUUGACCUAGAGAUACAAGAGUCGGCACUAAUCCAUGAUAUUGGGGAACAUAUAGUUCAACGGUGUGUCCAAUUGUUUGACGAUAUGUCGCAAAUUGAACAACAAUUGAACGAUUUGUAUACAGAUAUCUCUAAACGGGAACCGUAUGUUAGAGAUUCGGUAGUUAUAGAAUUGACUGAUUUAUUGGGUAAUUAUUCUGUAUAUAAAUCGUUGACUACCCGAGCGUUGAGUACUUUGAUGGUUCAGAUAAGGGCCGGAAAUGAAUCGUUAGAUAAAUUGGAGGAAAUCAUAUUGAAAUCAGUUAACGAUAGCUAUAGUGUUGAAUCGAUGAAAUUGAAGCUUGGUAAAUUUGAACAACUUAAAAAUCACCUGGUACUAGUUGAUUAUGUAGCUAAUAUACCCAAUGUCAACAAUAAGCAAUGUAUAUUAAAUAAGCAUAGUAAUCUAGAAAAAUUACAACUGCCGACAAAUACAAUCAAAUGUUUUGCAAUUGGAAACUAGCCUGGCUAGUAUUUAUAUUUGUGGCGGCUAUG